AUGCAGGUCCAACACAGGAACACAGUAGAGCGCCUCGAUAGGCCGAGCGCAUACUACCACAACCGGAACAAGCGCAGGAGAAAUGACCACCGCGACGCGGCCCGUGACGCCCGCGACGCCGAAGACGAGGCCGCCUCCAAGAACGAGCCCCUCCCCGAGGACCCCCUCGCCAACGCGACGACGCUCUACGUCGGCAACCUCUCCUUCUACACCACCGAGGAGCAGGUCUACGAGCUCUUUAGCAAGUGCGGCGAGAUCAAGCGCCUGGUCAUGGGCCUCGACCGCUUCAACAAAACCCCCUGCGGCUUCUGCUUCGUCGAGUACUACACCCACCAGGACGCCCUCGACUGCAUGAAGUACAUUGGCGGCACCAAGCUCGACGAGCGCGUCAUCCGCACCGACCUCGACCCUGGCUUCGAGGAAGGGCGGCAAUACGGCCGCGGCAAGAGCGGUGGGCAGGUGCGCGACGAGUACCGCGAGGACUUUGACGAGGGUCGCGGCGGGCUAGGCAGGGCGAUCCAGAUGCAGAGGGAUCGGGAUGAUCGAAUGGGCGAGUACGAGGAGUCGCGAUGA